ACAACGACUGAAGGAGGACGGCUGGGGAGUCGCAGCCUGGGAUUGUAAAUAAGACCGAUAAAACUGUGUUUUAUUUACAAACGUGAUGCCGGCUGUUUUAAAAUACUGUUCCCAGUUAUUUUAAGUCUUUUUUUUCGUAAUUUUUGGCUCUGUUUCUCGCCUAUUGCCGUGUGGUUUUUACACUACGCGUAUAAUGGCGAGCUCGGCUAACUCGAACCCAGUGCCUAAAUUAUAUAAGUCUGUGAUUGAGGAUGUUAUCAACGAGGUACGAGAGCUGUUCCUGGAUGAAGGAGUGGACGAGCAAGUUCUACUAGAGCUGAAAACGCUAUGGGAAAACAAACUAUUGCAGUCUAAGGCGGUGGAGGGCUUCCACACAGAGGAGCAGGCAGCCCUGCAGGCUGCUCAGCAGCAGCAGCAGGUUCAGCAUGUCCAACAAGUCCAGCAGGUGACUCAGCCGGCACAAACCCAGCAGGUCAUCCUGCCCCCUCAGCAACAGCAAGCUCCCCAGCAGCAAGUCAUAGUCCAGGAGUCAAAGAUUCUGCAGCACAUGAGUGCAACGGGGAUGAGUGCAGCAGCUACCGCAGCAACCCUUGCUUUGCCCACAGGGGUCACCCCUUACCCACAACUCAUCACCAGCCAAGGUCAGAUCCUGCAGGUGGUCCGCGGCCCUAACGGGACUCAGUACCUCAUCCAGCAGCCUCAGCAGCAGAUCGUGCUGCAGCAGCAGAUGCAGCCCGGCGGAGUGCAGGCACCAGUCAUACAGCAGGUCCUGGCUCCUCUGCAUGGAGGCCUUCCUCAGCAGACGGGAGUCAUCAUACAGCCGCAGCAGAUCGUCUUAGCAAACAAAGUCCAAGGCAACACGCAGCAGGUGAUGCAAGCGGCGGCCAUGGCGCCGCAACCCGGUCAAGGAGCACCAGCGGCUCAGGUGCAGUCGAUCCCGCAGGCCCAGGGUGCAGCUGCACCACAGGCCCCACCACAGCCUCAGGCCCCGCAGCAGGCUCAGCCUCAGGCUCAACCGCAGGCGCAGCAGCCUCCCAUGAUGCUGCAGGUGGACGGCGCUGGAGACACCUCCUCAGAGGAGGACGAAGACGAAGAAGAGGAGUACGACGAAGACGAAGAGGAGGAGAAAGACAAAGACGGCGGAGAGGACGGGCAGGUCGAAGAGGAGCCUCUGAACAGCGGCGAUGAUGUCAGCGAUGAGGAAGACCAGGAGCUGUUCGAUACAGAGAAUGUAGUGGUGUGCCAGUACGACAAGAUCCACAGAAGUAAGAACAAAUGGAAAUUCCACCUGAAGGAUGGGAUCAUGAAUCUGAACGGCAAAGAUUACGUCUUUUCCAAAGCCAUCGGGGAUGCCGAGUGGUGAAGGAGAAAGCAAAACAAACCAGCGCGUUAGAGCAGGAACUCUGUAACUUCUUCUAUCCAGUUAACAGACUCUUCAGCAUCCUUCCAUAUCCUGUGACUGGAUUCCUUCAGGAAGCGACUUCUGAGUCUUUUUGAGAACUCUACAAAACCCAAAGGAUUGUGAGGUACUGUAAAACCUGGGUGUCAUCCAUGGAAAACACUCGACUAGCCUUGCGGGAUGAAAACUAGCGGGGGGAGGGGAGAACCCAGGAACAGAGCAUUGUUUCCCUUUUUUUUUUCUUCUUCUUCUUUUUCUUCUUCCAGGCUUCUCUGCCUUUUCCCGAGAGAAUUAAAGCAUUUCACAUCACACAGGUGUAGUGGACCAGGGUGACCCGACCUGCCUCGCCACACGAGGUCAGGGGUCAUUCCUAAUAACCCCGUAGAUGAGAUGAGUUAUCUAAUGCACUGUAGUCGGUUGGCUGGAUUGACUCGUAUCUACUUUAAGUCCAAACUUAGUGCCACCAGUCAAAAUCGCUGCCUUUUAGAAAGACCAGAAUUACCUUUUUGGCUUCUAUAUUUUUCUUUUUUGGAUCUUAGUUCGAUCUCAAUGUUUAUGAAAAUGGUGCUCCAGAGUGUUUUAUGUACCGUUUAAUUUUUUUUUCUUUUUAAAUGUGGUCAAUGAAGGGUUGAGAAAAAGGUCAAAUAUUAAUUUAAAAAAAAUUCUCAUGAAGGCUUUUUUUUUUUCAAUCUUCCAAAUUAAGAAAUACUGUUAUUUUUUUCUCCCCAUUUGCUUCUCUGGAGCUUCAUUCCAUCUUUAUCCUAAAAAAAAUUACAAAAACAGUACCAAAAUGAAAGAAUUAAUUCAAGAAUUGUACAAAUCAUCUGGAAGUUUGCCAUGUUGGUGUAUCUUUGUUGCUCUUAUGUUUGAUUUCACUGCAGCCGUCUGAAGAUUUGCACUGUCAGCUUAUCAAUGUGUUGUGAGGUCAGUCAGUCCAGGUAAUCAAUAGCCACAUCGUUCUCUGCUCUGUCCAUUUGUGUGUGUGUGUGUGUGUGUGUGUGAGAGAGAGAGGCAGUGACUGACUGUAAAGAUGUGUGUGUGUGUGUUUGCUGUCACUUUUCCCUGACAAAGGUUUUUCUUGCACACUCUGUAAAUCUGAAAAUGCCACAUUUACAGCAGUGAGGGUGGUGUCCAUUCUUUAUAUAUUUAUUGCUGAAAGUUCAUAAUUUUUCCUUUUUUUUUUUUUUUUUUCUUCUUUUUUAAGGCUGGAAAGCGGCACCAAACUGUGCUCUUAUUAUCUAUUAAGUGUUCCUUUUUUUUGUUUUGUUGGCUGGACAAAAGUUAUUUAACGCUGAGUUCCAAAUCAUUUCGUCCACCAUAUGUUUUUGUUUUAUUCAUAACUUUUAAAAUGAGAAUAUUUUCUAUCGAAGUGAGUUUAACUCGAAGGGAGGGAAGUGGGUGGGAUGGAGAGGGGGGGCUGUGUGUAUUUCUGCAGUUUGUUUUUAGUGCCCUGUUGCAGCAAUUUGAAAUAAAGUCUGUGUUUUUUGACUGCUGCGUCAGCUUGGUUGUUGGUUAAGUCGUGUGUUUUC